GAGAAUGGUAGUGGAACAGUAUUACAUGCUAUGAGGCACUAUCAGCGCAUUGCCCAUCCACCUGCUAUCCCUCCGCCCCUGGCUCCUCCCUUCUCUGCCGGCUCCUCCCUUCCUCUCAGCAGUGGCUGUGCGCUUACCGGUCGGGGCAAGAUGAGCGGGCGCGCUGGCUUCUACAAGCAAGAACUGAACAAGACGGUGUGGGAGGUGCCGGAGCGGUACCAGAGACUCACCCCUGUUGGUUCCGGUGCCUUCGGCUCUGUCUGCUCUGCAUUCGAUACCAAGACACGACAAAAGGUGGCAGUAAAAAAGCUCUCCAGGCCAUUUCAGUCACUAGUUCAUGCAAGGCGAACGUACAGGGAACUGCGGCUGCUCAAGCAUAUGAAGCAUGAGAAUGUUAUUGGCUUGCUGGAUGUUUUCACACCAUCUACUUCAGGAGAAAAUUUUAAUGAAGUGUAUCUAGUGACGAAUCUAAUGGGAGCCGACCUCAAUAACAUUGUAAAGUGCCAAAAGUUAACAGAUGACCAUAUUCAAUUCCUUAUAUAUCAGUUACUUAGAGGCCUCAAGGAUUUGAAGCCCAGCAAUUUGGCAGUAAAUGAGGACUGUGAAUUAAGGAUUCUAGAUUUUGGCUUGGCACGGCAGGCAGAUGAUGAAAUGACUGGGUAUGUUGCAACAAGGUGGUACAGAGCUCCUGAAAUCAUGUUAAAUUGGAUGCAUUACAAUCAAACAGUUGACAUUUGGUCAGUCGGAUGCAUCAUGGCAGAGCUACUGAAAGGCAAAGCUCUCUUUCCUGGAAAUGAUUACAUUGAUCAAUUAAAAAGGAUAAUGGAAGUGGUUGGAACACCGAACUCAGAAUUUCUCAUGAAAAUAUCAUCCGAACAUGCUAGAAGAUACAUUGAAUCAUUACCAUAUAUGCCCCAACAAGAUCUGAAGGAGGUGUUUCAUGGUGCCAACCCAUUGGCGAUUGAUCUGCUUGAAAAGAUGCUCAUUUUAGACAGUGACAAGAGAAUAGCUGCUACAGAAGCCCUGGCACAUGCUUAUUUUGUACAAUAUCAUGACCCAGACGAUGAGCCUGAGGCUGAACCUUAUGACGAAUCGACGGAAAAUAAAGAACGCACCAUAGAUGAAUGGAAAGAGAUUACAUAUGAAGAAGUCAUUAGCUUUAAAUCCCUUGAUGUUAAAAUUGAUAACUUGGAGAUUGAACAAUAAGCACAAUAAACUGGACAAUUCUGCAUCCUGAAAUUCAUGGCUUAACUUGAUUACCAAAAAGACAGUCUGCUUUGUAAUCAGUUUGUUCUCUGCCUUGAAUGCGGGGAAGCCUUGUUUAGGUUAUAUCAUCCCUUUAAUGACUGCACCUAAGUUAUAAGAUCAAUCAUGAAUGGGAACAGCUUUGCUUGUUUACUGGAGCCCUUACAACCCCUGUAUGAGAGGCUUUUUACAGAUGCAGCUUCCAGCGCCUCCUGUACCCUCACAACAUGAUAUCAAAGGCUCGUACAGGUAAUCUGUGAAUACGAUAGAAAGAACAUUCCAAUAAAUGACAUGUCUGUCUUAAAACAAUCCAUCCAGCAUUUUCCCGUUCUGCUAAACAAUACUGACAGCAGCAUCACCCUCCUCACUGAGUCAUUGCACAAGGCACCUGGGGAUAUUCAACAGAUUACCUGCCACUCGCCUUAUUGUGUGCUGUGCCACUUUCCUGCCACUAGUGUGUUAUGUGCCUUGCCAGGCUGUGACACGUUUGUUCCCAAGUGUCACAACAAGGAAUGGUUCAGGCUGUUAUUAACUUGCAUUUGUGUGCAGCUUUCAAAAGGUCAUGUCAGCCACACUUUUAUUUUUGGUACUUAAAUGACAUUUCUUUCCAUUUUGUUUUGCUUCAUUGUAUCCUCCAUAAUAAAUCUAGCAAGCUACAGUUUUGUUACAAAAGCUCCACAAAAUCACAACACUCCAUAAUAUAGGUUGCGCUAAAGGAACAGUAACAUUAAAACAUGUAAGUGUUUAGAAGUAAUGGAAAUCUAAUGUGGUGUUGCACUGCAGUGGUAAAACUGGUGUUAGCUGUGAAACACUAAUAUCGUUUACACAACAGCUUGUUUAUAUAGUUAUAGGGGCAGCUAUUCAAGCUGGAGAAAAGGCACGGGAUACAUAGCAGAUAACCGAUAAGCUCUGUAGUAUACAAUGUGAUUCUUCAGGACUUAUCUGUUAUCUACUGUGUAUCAUUUGCUUGAAUGGUUUACUAUAUAAACCAUAGUAGUGUUUCUGAAGCAAACACCAGUUUUACCAAUGCAAGGCAACACUGCAUUAUAUGGUCAUUCCUUUAAAACACUUUAAUUUUUUGGUGUUACUGUUCCUUGAAACCCUUACUCCACCCACACCUUAUUAAAUUGAGAUUCAUUUAUUGUUUUCCAUAAUCAAAUCCAGACAUGAUUUAAACAAUGCUGUCAAGGGCUGAAUUGUAAUAUGCCUUGUGAACCUUUUAAAAACCACUGAAUAAGCUUGCAUUUGUCAUUUGCAGCGAGGAGGGGCUAGAAUGAAAUAUUCAAAAAUAAAAUACCACAAGAGAUCCGCAGAGCCUCUAUUUAACAAUACCUGUAAAUACAAUCUACACAAUGGUUAAGUAUUACUUUAAAGGAGCAAGUUGCAUAUUUUAACUACCUUGUAUUGUUAUACCAUGAAACUUAUUGCAUGUACAAUUACAGAAACGUUAAGAGUGUUUGCCAGGGAUGUGCGUGUUCUUGUGCAUGAUGUCAUGAAAUAUUAAGCCAGAAGACUGAAGGGAUCUGAAUGUCAUGUAUACAUAUAUGUGCAAAGAAGUCUAGGUGAAAGUGUUUUCUGCAAAAUGAAAUUGUCUCUGCUUGCUUAUAUUUAUAGCUGGUGCCUUCAUGGGGUGAGAGGUAUGAUAAUGAGAUCAAGCUUUCCAGUUCUGUCAAUUCACAGUUUAUCUGGGUGCUGAUUUCAGCCAGGAGAUGUCAGCAAAUCUUAUAUUUGUUCUGCUGCCAAUAAAAAUGAUGCUUUUAA